GCUCCAUUUGCAAUUCCACAUAUCUGUUCAGAGGAUACUAUAGUUAAUUUUAAUGGUCAUGAUUAUUUUUUCCCAAAAAAUACACAAAUAAUUCCAAAUCUUAAUGGUGCUAAUAGAAAUGAAAUCGAAUUUGAUGAUCCAAAUACAUUUAAUCCAGAGAGACAUCCCUCUUCCACUGCAUCUCAUGUUUCUUAUUCAUCAGGUCCUAGAUCUUGUCCAGGUGAGAAUAUGGCAGAUGAUGUUUUAUUUAUUGUCUCUACAAGAUUAUACAAAUAUUUUAAAUUUGAUAGAACUACAAACCAACUGUAUGAUGAAUAUGGAGUCUUGACAAAAUCCUUAACCCCAAAAGACUAUUUAUCAAAAGUAAGUUAA